AUGCUUUCUCUGCAUAGAAGCCUGAAGUUUGUCUUUCCCAAUGCACCGAUACGCCCCAUUACCAUUAAUGGUGGCGCGGAAAUGCGUGGCUGGUACGACAUUGACCCGGGCGCACCAUUGGCCGGCGGUGAAGACAUCGAAGCCUCAGCUGCAGGCAUUGCCAGGCUGAUAGAGGCUGAAGUCGACGCAGGCAUACCCGCCAGCCAGAUCGUGUUGGCAGGAUUUUCUCAAGGCGGUGUUAUCGCCCUGCAUCUGGGACUGGCCUAUAACAAGAAGCUGGCGGGCAUCAUGGCUUUGUCCACCUAUCUGCACGACCACGAAAAUAUUGCCAAUCGGCUGGAUUUUGCCAACGUCGACACGCCAAUUUUCAUGGCACACGGACUAUCCGACCCGAUGAUCCCAAUUACCCGAGCCAUCACCGCACGAGAAACACUGCUGGGUUUGAACUAUGCUGUGCAGUGGCAUGAAUAUGCCAUGGAUUUUUCCCUGAUCGACCCACUCGAACCAAGCCCCGGAGCCUGGCUGGAUAGCGUCCUGGCCGACUUCGACUGCUUCCUCGCCGAUCAUGCUUCAUGCGAGAAAAAGGCUUCAGGGAUGGCCAUGAGCAUGGCUUCACACUAUCCGGACAAGCCGGAACUGCUCAGCGCCAUGGCCGACCUUGCCGUUGAGGAACUGAGCCACUAUCGCGAAGUCAUUCGCCUGAUGUUACAACGCGGCGUCAGCCCGAGACCUGACACCAAAGAUCCGUACGUCAACACGCUGAAUCGCCUGGUGCGCAAAGGGGCAGACGUGUUCCUGAUGGACCGCCUGCUGCUGGGCGCCAUUGUGGAACGACGCGGAGCUGAGCGAUUCGGCUGUAUCGCUGAGGCGGUAACCGAUCCGAUGCUGCAGAAGUUCUACCAGGCCAUAGCCGCCAGCGAAGCUCGGCACUGGACGCUUUUUUACACCCUCGCCUGGCGCCAUUCCGUUGCCCGCUAUCUGGACGGCUACGCCGAAGCUGCCGCACCCGAUCUGCCCCAAAGCGACUAUGACUUCGUGCUUAUAGUGCCGAUGUUCGAUGAACCGCCUGAAUCUCUGGCGCGGUUGCUGCAAAACAAUACACACCUGAAAAUACUGGUUAUCGCGGUUGUCAACGCGCCGGCGGGCGCUUCGAACACCGAACGCAGGCGCACCCAGGCUCUGCUGCAGACAGCACAGGCUAUCUGCCCGGUAGAUUGUUGGGCGAUCGAUGCGGUCAGCCAUCCGCUGCCGACAAAGCAAGGGGUUGGCCUAGCCCGCAAGAUUGGUAACGAUGCUGCCUGUCGCUUGUGGCUGACAGGUAAAAUCAGCUGUCCAUGGCUAUACCAAUGCGACGCCGAUAGCGUUUUACCUCCAAACUACUUUUCGACAAAACUUCCAGCUCGCGGUGCGGUUGUGUUUGCUUUCCGGCACAACAGUCCGGAUCCGCUGAUGCAGAAAGCUGCCAACUUUUACGAACGGCACAUGCAUCACUACGUUCACGGCCUGCAACAGGCCGGCUCCCGCUACGCCUAUCCUACCCUGGGUAGCACUAUGGCUGUUCAUGUGCAGGACUACGCGCUGGUACGAGGAUUUCCAAAACGCAGUGGCGCAGAAGAUUUCUAUCUGCUCGACAAGAUUGCCAAAGUCAGUCAGGUGACUUGCAAACCGGAAGUGACGGUAAGUAUUCAGGCCCGCCUUUCCCACCGUGUACCAUUUGGCACUGGACCCGCCCUGCAGAAAAUUAUGCAAGGCUUCGAGCGCGACUCUAGCGGCGCUUUUUUUACGACGUAUCACCCGGACAGUUUUAAACUACUCGCCACCGCGCUCAGACAUCUGCAGGCGGUCGCUGCCGGCGCUGAACUGGCAGACGAUCGCGCGACCCGACUGCUGGGUGAACUGGGCAUUGAACAGCUGAUACCAAAGCUGCAGGCAAAGUAUCCCACUCCCGGACAAAAGGCGUUGAUACUUACACAGUGGUUUGACGCAGGUAAAACGCUACGCUUCAUCCACCUGGCGCGAAGAUAUUAUGCAGAUAUUUCACUGAACGAACUGGACGCCACCCAAGUACACUGGACUAUAGCGACAAAAGGAUGUGCUAUGUCUACUGAACUGCCGGGUAAUUCUGAUCUCGCCUGGGAUCUGGACGAAUUUACGCAAGCUGAGCGAGCAAUGGAUUUCGUGCGCCAGUUUGAAACCACCCUGUGCGUCUAUUCACCCUCGGUUGAACAGAUCUACAGCACCUACAACAUGUUUUUCCCGGAUGACUGGGAUCGUAAACUGGUCAUCCUGCCUGAUGCUGCCGCCUACCAUGACACUUUUUACCACGUCUCCCGGUCAGCCAUUACCGCGACAGGGCUCAAUAUCAUUCCUGGCGAACUGAUUGACCGCGAAGGUCUGUAUCUGGCCAACGUCGACGAGGACCGGUCACUGGGACGCCGACAGGUGCCGUUUGUCGAAGGGUUGCGCGCCAUUAUCGCCUCCCGCCCGGAGAGCGACCCUUUUUUACCAGUGCUGGCCAAGGGUGAUUUGCGUGAACUCCAGCAAUCCUGGCCGGUAUUACACCUGCAUCGCGUCCAUCCAAAGUCUAUUCCCAACAUGUCCGAGCUGGAUCGUACUAAUUUAGCCAAUGUGAUCGCAGAAAAGUUAGAAUCACUCGUUGUUCUGAUCGCCAUCAUCAGCCUCUCCUGGAGCGGCCAACUCGAUCAUGCUGCGCGCAGCGCUACGCUGGAUAAUUUCCAGCGCGCGCUGGCGGUUGCCGCCAUCGCUAGAGGCUUUAAUGGCGUUAUAUCUGUCGCUCAGGGCACCGAAGUAGCCAUUGCACCGGUCGGCGUGGGCGUAACCUUAACCCUGGGCCAGAUCCUCGAUCCACUGAAUGAUCUGGUUGAACGUUUUUCCGCCCUGGCGUUGAUUGCCAGCGUUGCUCUGGGUGUACAGCUGACUUUAAGCGAAAUGUUUGCCUCCCCAUGGCUAUCCGGCAUUUUGAGUAUGGCCGGUCUGGCCUAUCUGAUAAUGCUCUGGCGAACGCCACAUCAUCUACAACAAACACGAGCUCCGUGGCUGGGCAAAUUUCUGGGCCUGGUUAUAUUUCUCCGGUUUAUGCUUGCCGUUAUGCUGCUGGCAACCCAUCUGCUGGACACCUAUUUUCUCGACGCCCGACAAAAUGAGGCGAUGGAUAACUUGAGCUAUACCAAAACGCAUAUCCAGAGCAUGCAGGACAACGAGAUUGCAGCCGCACCCGCCGAUAUGGAAGCUGACCUGUUUGAUCGCACUGCCGCCGGCAUACGUGAGUUCCUCGACAGUUCGAGCCAGACCCUGGACCUCAAAGCCCAACUCAACGAGAUGGAGCAACAGGUGGAAAACAGCAUCGAAGAAAUGAUUAACCUGAUUGUUAUCUUUCUGCUGCAGACGUUACUGCUUCCGAUUGCCACACUGUGGCUCUGCUGGCAAUUAUUACGUACAACUGGACUGGAAAUUACCAGUCGCCUGGCACCACGCAAAGAUCUAAAACUGCUGAAAAUCAGUGAUGCCGAGCGCAAAGAUCAGGAUGCACGGCGCCAGUACCUGCAAAGUGCAGAUGUCGCCAUACUGUGUUUACCCGACACCGCCGCACGUGAAGCCGUUGCGCUGGCCGCGGGUAAAACCCGGAUUCUGGACGCUUCAACCGCCUACCGCACCGAUCCAGACUGGGUUUAUGGUUUACCCGAACUCAACGCGCAGCAGAGAUCGCACAUCCAAAGCGCACAAUAUGUCAGCAACCCAGGUUGUUACCCGCAGGGUUUUAUUCUGCUGACUCGACCCCUCAUCGAAGCUGGUUUACUGGCAGCGGCCACUAGCCUGCGUUGUCAUGCGGUAUCAGGCUUUUCGGGGGGCGGCCGACAGAUGGUAGAAAAGUUCCGCGCAUUUGACCGCACCCAGCAAGACCAAUACAACAGUCAGGCUUACGGGUUAACCCUGCAGCACAAACAUGUGCCUGAGAUGCACCACUACAGCACAACGCGCGAUGCCCCCUUGUUCACGCCCAUGGUGGCAAACUACUACAAAGGCAUGUUGGUACAGAUUCCGCUGUUUCGUCAGGAAGUUGGUCAUGCCAGCAAAUCCGAACUUCACGAUAUACUUACCGCCAGAUAUGCAGGUGAAUCUUUUGUCAGCGUCCUGCCACUGGACAACAGUAUGUUGAUCGACGGAUUCUUGAAUCCAACAGUCUGCAACGACACUAACAACAUGCAGCUGAUGGUGUUUGGCAAUGAUGAUCAGUACCUGCUGGUCGCGCGUUACGACAAUCUCGGCAAAGGCGCAGCCGGCGCAGCCGUGCAGAAUUUGAAUCUGAUGUUAGGCAACCCGGUAGCGCUGAACCUGAGCCGCGGCAAACCCGCAGCCGACCAGGUUGCACUCUCUGACAAAAUGGAAGACGUGAUUGCCGGUGACUAUUUCGACAGCACCGGUACCGACGUACGCAACUAUGGUGAAAUUCGAGGGAUUGCUGAUGGGCGCGCUCUGGGUGAAGAACUCAUGGGCGUGCCGGCCGCGAACAUUAUCGCAGGCGGUAACUCAAGCUUAUUCCUGAUGCAUCUUGUGACUGCAACAGCACUGACAUAUGGCCUUUGGGGUGAUCAGCGACGAUGGUCCAACUCCAAUCCUGUUAAAAUCCUGGCCCCGGCACCGGGCUACGACCGGCAUUUUGCGCUUACGCAGUCUCUGGGCAUCGAGAUGAUACCUGUCGCCAUGGGGCCUGACGGUCCGGAUAUGGCACAGGUUCGCGCAUUGGCAAGCGCCGACGCAUCAAUCAAAGGCAUCUGGUGUGUACCGAAGUAUUCGAACCCGACGGGUUGUAUCUACAGCGACGUGGUCGUCGACGAGAUGGCUGCAUUGCCAGAUGCUGCAGCGGCAGACGACUUUGUUGUAUUGUGGGACAACGCCUAUGCCGUGCACGACUUCAACUUUCCCGGACAGGCGUUGAAAUCUAUCUUCGAUGCCGCCCAGGCAGCCGGUACCGCGGAUCAUAUCGUUCAGUUUGCCAGCACCUCGAAAAUCACCUUUGCCGGCGGAGGCGUUGCCUUUGUUGCUUCAAGUGAGCGCGUACUUAAAGCCCUGGAAGAACGCCUGGGCUUCAUGAUGAUCGGCCCCGACAAAGUUAAUCAGCUGCGUCAUACCCGUUUUUUGGGCGGUCGCCUGGAACAACAUAUGCAGGCUCACGCCGCGCUGCUGAAACCAAAAUUUGAAAUUGUCGAAGACACCUUAAGCAAAGAACUCGGUGAUCUCGAUAUCGCGCAGUGGACCAAACCCGGUGGCGGUUACUUCGUCUCCUUAGACGUUAAUCCCGGGCUUGCGCAAACGAUUGUAAGCAUGGCCAAAGACGUCGGCCUGACGCUUACCCCCGCUGGCGCAACCUACCCCUAUGGGCAGGAUCCAGAUAAUUGCAACAUACGUAUUGCACCCACUUUUGCAUCCAUCGAAGAAUUGCGGACUGCCAUGCAAAUCCUCACGUUGUGUCAUAUGUCCGAUUGGAAGCUAGAAGAAUUUGCAGUACCCGAAGUCGCGGACAAAGAUCGCUUUCACGACUUUGCCCUGCCUAUGCCGCUCAUGCAGGCCAUUGCAGAUCUGGGCUACGAGUAUUGCACCCCAAUACAAAGUAAGACGUUGCCGUUUGCGCUGUCAGACUACGAUGUCACGGGACAGGCGCAGACCGGCACCGGUAAAACCGCUGCCUUCCUGAUUGGCGUGCUGACACGCUUCUGGGAAAACCCAUUAAAAGAAGUUCCCCCACUGGGAUGUCCCAGAGCACUGAUCCUGGCUCCAACCAGAGAAUUAGCGCUGCAGAUAGAAGGUGAUGCCAAAGGCCUGACCAAGUACAUGGACGAACGUACCGUCUGUGUUGUCGGUGGCAUGGACUUCCAGAAGCAGCUCGACAAACUUGAAAAGAAACCCGUCGACCUGCUGGUGGCUACCCCAGGUCGUCUGAUCGACUUUUUAGACCGCAACAAGAUUUCGCUGAAACAUGUUGAAGUGCUGGUUAUCGACGAAGCCGACCGUAUGUUGGACAUGGGUUUCAUCCCAGAUGUGCGCCGUAUUGUCUUUCAGACCCCACACAAACGAACCCGUCAGACGUUAUUUUUCUCCGCGACCUUUAACGAUGACGUCAUGCGCCUGGCGGAAUCCUGGACCAUUGAUGCAGAACAUAUUGUUAUCGAGCCUGAAAGUGUGGCGACAGACACGGUCGACCAGAAAUUCUGGAUGAUCGGACGAGACGAAAAAGACAGCGCUUUAUUGAAUUUGCUGCGUAAUACCGACACGGAACGCGCAAUUAUUUUUGCCAAUCGACGCGAUCAGACACACAGAGUUGUCAAAUACCUGCAGAACAACAACAUUGAUUGUGAGGCCCUGGCAGGUGACGUGCCCCAGCGCAAACGUCUGUCGACCUUAAAUCGCUUUAAAGAAGGUAGCUUGAAAUUCCUGGUGGCCACAGAUGUGGCCGGCCGUGGGAUUCACGUCGAUGGCGUUACACACGUCAUAAACUACGAACUGCCGGAAGACCCGGAAGAUUAUGUGCACCGUAUCGGCCGCACCGGGCGAGCCGGCGCAACGGGUACAUCCAUCAGUUUUGUUUCUGAAGACGACGCCUUCAACUUGCAGCCCAUUGAGCAAUACCUGGGCAUGAAGGAACGCAGGUUAUCUGAGCCGGUCAAUGGACGUUUUAAGCACCGGUUGAAUUCAGAUAUCGUUUUAUAUUGGGGAGUACUUCUGAACCGUUUGCUCAUAAGCAUUGUUUCACUUUGCCUGUUUCUGGGUAUUGUGACCUUCUUUGGCACAAACGCCUCUGCUCAGAGCAAGACUGAGAUAACUUGGGACGUUCCCUGGGAAGUGUUGCCUGCUGAGAAUGCAGCUACUCUGGCAGAGGCACAGCGCAGCAAGCGCUGGAUCAAAGGGUCCGGGAUCGCAUCAUUUUCCUAUGACAGCCAGCCGAAAUGGUUGCGUUACCAGAUCCCUGCAGUCGAUUACGUACGCGCCUUCAGUAUCGAAAACCCGUGGCUUGCGGCCAUCGAUGUGUAUUCACUAUCAGAUGGGGUCGUCCACGAAAAAUACGAGAUGGGUAAUCGCCGACCUGCUGUGAAUCGCCCCAUCGGCAGCACCAAUUUUGCGGUGGGCCUGCGCUCAAACGUCGACGAAGUUUAUAUCUACGAUCACGCUCUAUCGGCGUCUUAUUUUCCAGUGACCCUGUCCGCGGCUGCGGCGUUUACCGCCAGAAGCACAAAGCUCACCGCUUUCCACGGCAUGUACUACGGUGGUUUGCUUAUCAUCAUUCUGUACAACCUGGCGAUCUUUUUUGGCACCCGCGACAGAGCUUACCUGUACUACACUCUGUAUGCCGGAUCCCUGGUCGCAUUCUUAUCAACUGCAGACGGCACCGGCGCGGUUUUUCUGUGGAACGAAACACCCAUCAUCCAGGAUUACGUUAUUGGCCUGGGGUGGGGGUUGGGUUUUAUCUGGUUACUUGAGUUCGCCAACCGCUUCCUCAACACCAGCCACAUCAGACACUGCCGGUUGAUCCGCAGAACGAUACAAGGGAUGACGGGGCUGACUAUGUUCAUGGUCAUCCUGUGGCCGGGUAACAAUGCUUAUGUGCUGCAAACAAUCAUGAGCUUUGUGGUGCUGUCCGCACUGCUGUUUAUUGGCAUCAACACAUCCUUGAAAGGCAUACGCAACGGCGGGCUCUUUCUCGCCGCUAAUGGCGUGUUUGCUAUCGGUGCAUUUUCCCACAUGAGUAUGUUGAUGGGCUGGCUGGCGCCACACCCGAUGUUGCAACAUGGCAUUCACAUUGGCUCACUGGCAGAGUUGAUACUCCUCGCUGCCGGGCUGGUAAGACAGCUGCGCGCCAACGAAGAAGCUCGUUUUGCCGCAUUCAACCAAUCCCAGGAGCUGGUAAGGCGUAAUCACGAAUUACGCACCGCCUCGGCUCUGGCUGAAGAACAUCGCCAGUUACAGAAGUCUCUACAACAGGCGCAGAAACUUAAAACCAUCGGCCAACUGGCCGGUGGCUUUGCCCACGACUUCAACAAUAUUCUCGCCAGCAUUCUCGGCUUCGCCGAACUGGCGCGGGACAAAACUGCCGCCUCAGACCGGGCUACGCUGCUGCGUUACAUUGGUGAGAUCCAACAAUCGGGCGAACGUGGCGCUAAUCUGGUAAGACAGCUGCUCACCUACAGUCGCAGCACCAGUUCAGCACCUCGUGAACUCAACCUUGGCCAGGUUCUGGAACAGUCCGGCGAGCUACUCCGAGGCAGCCUGCCAGCCACUGUAAAAAUACAAACACAUAUCCCGCAGCAGUCUGUACGUUUAUCAAUCGACCCUGAACAGCUGCAGCAGGUGCUGGUUAACUUAUCUAUCAAUGCAGCAGAGGCAACGGACAACCGCGGCCAGAUUGAUAUCUACCUCGAAGAGGAAAAGCUGCAAGGUUUGCGCUGUACCUCGUGCCUGACGCGUUUCAACGGCGACUACAUCGCAAUCAAAAUCGAAGACAACGGCGCCGGUAUAUCGGGCAGCGCAGAGAACCUGUUUACGCCAUUCCAAACCAGUAAAGAAGUAGGUCAAGGUACAGGGCUGGGGCUGUCGGUUGUGCACGGCAUCGUGCACGAACAUGGCGGUCACGUACAUGCCAGCAAUCGCGCGGACGGCGGGGCGCGGUUCACCAUCUACCUGCCACACAAUGCAACCGUGGCGUUGGGUGCAACAGAUACACACAAACGCAUCUUACUGAUUGAAGACGACCCAUCCGUUGCGAGCUAUCUGCAAUCGCUGUUUGAAAAUGAGGCUUAUCACACCACCUUUGCGACGAUGCCUACGGAAGCUUUAGAAACAUUUGUAGCAAAUCCGGAUGCUUUUGAUCUGGUGAUCACAGACUAUCUGAUGCCACAAGGUACGGGCCUGGAACUGGCUGAAGACAUCCACGCGCUGCGCCCAGAUCUGCCUAUUCUGCUGACAACCGGUAACGCCAACAAUCUGGACAAGAGCGCACUCACGUCAGCGGCGGCCAGCGAAGGUGCAGAUGUGAUCACCUGGCCGGAAGCCUUUGCUUAUCUGGGCCGCCAUGACGGCAAACGCGAGAUACUGGAGGCACUACCAGACGGAGGACCGAUCUUUCAUCGCUGCACUCAGCUCGCGCAACGUUUGAACUGCGAAUUACUCCUCGGCGGAUUCCAUGAAUCGUCACCAAACUCAGACAAGUGUUUCAAUACCAGCGUAUACCUGGGCCGAGAUGGCAACAUCAAAGCGAUGUACCGCAAAAUCCAUCUGUUUGACGUCAAUAUUAAAGACGGCCCAACCCUGCAGGAGUCACGCCAGACCGAAGCUGGAGAACUGGCGGUAGUUGUAGACGCUUCGUUUGGUCGAUUGGGUUUGACGGUUUGUUACGACGUCCGGUUUCCCAUGCUUUAUCAGAAUCUUGCCGAUCAGGGUGCUAUUGCCAUGUCAGUGCCUUCAGCAUUUACCGCCACCACCGGAGCCCUGCACUGGCAUACCCUGCUCAAGGCCCGCGCUAUCGAAACUCAGAGUUAUGUCAUCGCACCCGCGCAACAUGGCCAGCACAGCAGACAUCGCGCGUCUUACGGGCAUUCGUUAAUCGUCGACCCCUGGGGCAAGGUGGUUGCUGAACUGGCUGACGGUGACGGCUACGUGAUUGCGGAGGCUGCGCGCAUGUCUGAUUCAGUAAAAUUCCGGGGCAGUGGCAUCAUCGUGCUGGCGGCCAUCGUCGUGAUUGCUGCCGGCUUAAAAGCCUCUCAAGAUCUUAUGGUGCCGUUUUUACUGGCUGCUUUUAUUGCCACUAUCGCUGCAACACCCAUGUUCUGGCUGCAGAAAAAAGGCCUGCCCGCAGCUUUCUCUCUGCCUGUUGUCAUGAUCUUCAUUGUUCUGCUGGUAUUUCUGUUAGGGGCCCUGGUAACUCAAUCCGCCUCGGACUUCACCGCCAAACUGCCGUUCUACCAGGAGCGUCUGCAGGCUUUUCAGGAAGACACCAACCGCUUGCUGCAGCCGAUUAUUGAUCGCACCGGGAUCGAGGUCAGACUGGAACUGUUGUAUCAGAAUUUUUCGCUGAACACUGCGCUGGAAAUGGCGGGUACCACGCUGGCACGUCUGGGUGGUGUUCUGAGUAACAGUUUUCUUAUCCUGCUGACGGUGAUCUUUAUACUUGCUGAAGCCGCCAGCUUUCCGCGCAAGCUAUCAGAUGUGCUUAACGACCCAGAACGGGAUCUGCCUUACUUCGCGCAGUUUGCUGAAAACGUCAAUCGCUACAUUGGUAUCAAGACCAGUGUCAGUGUAGCCACCGGCGUGAUUGUGACGCUGUUCCUCUGGCUGCUGGGGGUCGACUUCCCUAUUUUAUGGGGGCUGCUGGCUUUUCUACUCAAUUAUGUUCCGACCAUAGGUUCAAUAAUUGCAGCCGUACCUCCGCUUAUCCUGGCUUUAGUGCAGAUUGGAUUUGGCGCAGCUGGCGCGGUCGCCGCAGGCUUCCUGGCCAUCAACAUCAUCAUGGGCAACGCGGUUGAACCCCGCUUUAUGGGUCGCGGCCUGGGGCUAUCAACCUUAGUGGUGUUUCUCUCCCUGGUUGUGUGGGGCUGGGUGCUCGGGCCGGUUGGCAUGCUGCUGUCUGUGCCGCUGACCAUGACGGCAAAAAUUGCUCUUGAAGCCAAUCCCGAUACUCGUUGGAUCGCUCACCUGUUAGGUCCAGCUGAUGCGUUGCCGCCACUGGAUGAGACACAGGCACAGAUCAUCAAAGCGGCUUCUGACACGGCUGAUGCAGGUGAUGAAAAAGACCAGGAUACCCGGACGAUCAAACUCAACACAAAUGAAAACCCCUAUCCGCCUUCGCCAGCCGUACAACAGGCACUGGUGGGCAUUGAUGUUUCGCGGUUACGCACCUAUCCGCAACCAACGGCGGAUUUACUGCGCGACGCGAUAGCCCAAACACAUGGCCUUACGCGCGAUAAUGUGGUCGUGACUCACGCGGGUGACGAAGCCUUGCGCCUGGCGAUCACCACCUUUGUUGACCCUGGCCAGUCUUUUGGCAUGGCCAAUCCCAGCUACUCGCUGUAUCCGGUACUUGCCGCCAUACAUGACGCCCGGGUGGUUACCGUUGACCUGCAGGCUGACUGGAACUGGCCCGCGGACUUCACCAGCCAACUCAACAGUGCCGGCGUGCAACUGACCUGUGUGGUCAAUCCUCACGCGCCCAGCGGCACGCUGUAUUCACAGGCAAAAUUAUCUGAGUUAGCAAACAAUCUGAAUGGUGUGUUGUUGAUUGAUGAGGCCUAUGCAGAUUUCAUUAACCCCGACCUGAAUUACAACAGCUCGGAAUUACUCUUAAACCAUGACAAUGUGCUGGUCCUGCGCACUUUCAGCAAGGGUUACAGUCUCGCCGGCCUCCGCUUGGGAUAUCUGUUAGGCAACACGGAUCUGAUCGACCCGAUCAUCCGCAAAACCCGUGACAGCUACAAUGUCGAUCAUAUCGCACAGGCACUUGGACUGGCCGCCAUCAACGACCAGGAUUAUGCACAACAGACCUGGCAUCAGGUGCGGAUGGCCAGAGACAGCCUGCAGCAGAAUCUCACCCAGCUCGGCUUACCAUCACCACCCAGCCAGACUAAUUUCCUGCUGGUUGAGGUGCCGCCGGCGCUGCCUAAGAGCGCCAAUGCACUUUAUCUCCUGUUGAAAGAAGCUGGCAUUCUGGUGCGUUACUUCAAUACCGACAUGCUUCGGGUUUGCAACAAGCGGAUUCCGGCCAUGAGUAAACACCUGCUGCGCGCAGCUGAUAUCGAAAAGCAGCGCGAAACCCGCACCCAGCACCAAUUCAACGACAAUGCCAUCCGACAUACAAAAAACCUCACUGCUGGCACAGACAUGCAGCGUAUCGGCAUCCAUCUGGUGCGCAUAGAGACCGGCUGUGAUUCCACCACCCACCAUUACCACGAUGCUGACGAAGAGUUUAUCUACAUCCUUUCCGGUCAGGGCAUAGCCAGAAUUGGCGAUGAAACGUUCAGCGUUGGUGCAGGGGAUUUCAUGGGAUUUCCCGCACCCUCACCUGCACACAGCCUGCACAACCCAAACCAGGAAGACCUGGUGUAUCUGAUGGGCGGCGAGCGCUGGGCGACAGAUAUCGUUCACUACCCGGACAUCAAGCGCACCAUGAUCAAGACACACGGCAAGCGCCGCUGGGCAGACUGGCGGGACUUCGAGGGGUUCGGCGCCAGCGAAGCCCUGGGGCAGAGUAUCUGCCUGCACGGUCUGAUACCUGCGGAUCUACUGGGUACGGUACCCGUCGGCACGCAAAUCCCCCUGGGUGAUGGCUGGGCCUGUCGUCUUGAUGGCGAUAGCAGCUUAAACAGUCUGUUUACCUCCAUGUUCAUGCAUGGCGGCUGGCUGCAUAUCAUUGGCAAUAUGCUGUUUUUGUGGGUGUUUGGCGACAACGUCGAAGAUGUUAUGGGUCCCGGCCGGUUUGUGUUGUUCUAUCUAUUGUGUGGCCUGGCCGCCGCCGGCGCCCAGAUAGCGGCAGAUCCGGGUUCUACGGUACCUAUGGUAGGUGCAUCCGGUGCUAUUGGCGGUGUCAUGGGUGCAUACGCCAUCUUGUUUCCACGCGCACGCGUUCAUCUGCUGAUUAUCUUAUUCAUCUAUGUGACCACCAUUUCGGUACCUGCCAUCUUUAUGCUCGGCUACUGGUUUCUGCUGCAGCUGAUAUCAGGUGUUGGGUCUCUUGGUGCCAGCGGCGGCGGUGUUGCUUUCUGGGCGCACGUUGGCGGUUUUGUCGCUGGGGUGGGUCUGGAAAUCGAAAAACGCGGAUUCCCCGGCAUCUACGGCCCCAGCCUGGGCGAUAGCCUGUCACUGUGCACCGCCAUUGCAAUGGCCACCGAUCGUAUCGACAUAGGCACCAGCAUCACGCCUAUUUACACUCGGAACGUUGCAGAUUUUGCCGGCACCGCAGGGUUUAUCCACGAAAUCUCCAAUGGCCGCUUCCGUUUUGGCGUUGGUGUGAGCCAUGCGCCUGCUAUGGACCGUUUAGGUAUCAAACAAGGCAAACCACUGGGUGACAUGCGCCAGUUUGUGGAAGAUAUCCACGCAGUGCCAAGGGUUGGCGACAUGCCGCCGAUUGUUCUGGCGACAUUACGCAACAAAAUGAUCGCCCUGGCGGAGGAAAUUGCUCAGGGUAUGGUAUUUGCCAACGGCGCCCGUUCACAUAUGUCCAGUUCCCUAGGCGUGCUUUCUGACGGUGCCCGGAUGGGAGCGGACUUUUUUAUCGGUAACAUGGUGCCGACCUGCAUCAACGACGACAAAAAGGCGGCUAUGGCGGUCAAUCGCAAAACCCUGACCAGUUACGCGUUUCUACCCAACUAUCGCAACUACUGGAAAGAAGCCGGCUACGAAGAAGAGAUGAACGGUGUUGAAGCAGCGCUGGCUGCCAAAGACCUGGAUCGGGUACCUGAAUGUUUAUCUGAUCGCUGGCUGGAAGACACCACUCUGUCCGGCAGCGCCAGCGAAGUGCGUGAAGGCAUUGAAGCCUGGUUCGACGCCGGUAUUAAGACCCCGAUUGUUGUGCCUUCUGCCGUGAAAGGUGGACAGCUGCAGGCACUGGAAGAUCUAUUUGCACUGUAUGACUGA